AUGCCCAAGGCUGCCUUGGUCAUCGUGCGCUAUGGGCCGUACAGUGCUGUUGGCUUGUCCGUGGAGCACCGCACCUUCCGCCUGGAGGGCCUGCUAGCUGUGUUGGCAGAAGAUGGACACCAGGUCAUCCUAGAGAAGGUGGAAGACUGGAACACGGUAGAACUCGUGGUGAAUGAGGAAGUUGUCUUCCACUGCAACAUCAAAGACUUGGAGUUCGGAGGUGAUGGUAAACUAGACCCACUGUGCAAAGAAGCCAGGAUAGCCGUGCUAAAUGCCUGCUGAUCUCCUCAGCGGGACAGGCCUGUCAAGUCAACAGAACAACAGCUGUCUCCGGCUGUCCUGGGAUGCAAACAAAAGCGGCCAUUCUGGGCCUGGAUGCUGGACUCUACCAGUCAGAACGCGGCGACAGCAGCCUGCCCUUCAGCCUGCAUGGCAUGCAGUUUCUCACCUGGUUGCGAGGACACGGGGCCCACAAAAAUAAUCAAACCACAUCAUUUGCUCAUCUCUCAAUCUCUACCCAUAGGGAGAGCCCUCCAAUAUCAGGUACGCGUUGAGCUGAAGGAAAUAAUAAAAUGCAAUCUAAU